GUCUCAGAAGUCCCUCUGCUGGAUGAUCGCUUGCACGACAACUUGUCUCGUCUUGGCUUUGAUCAGUUGACUCCGGUACAGCGUCAUGCGAUUGGCAUUAUAAGCAUAGACGAGAUCGUUGAUGUGCCGGAUGGUGGAUCCACACUUCAACGUGUGGUUGGCAAGUACGAUCUUAUGGCGGCUGCGCAAACCGGAUCUGGGAAAACUUUGGCAUACCUUAUUCCUUUGAUGAACCGGUUGCUACGUGUGUAUCCCUAUGAGGCCAUGCAAACUUUGCGGAAAACACCGUCACGCCAGUGUCCGUCUGGACUGGUGCUUGCCCCCACUCGCGAGUUAGUGCAACAAAUUCAAACUGAAGUAGCGAAAUUGUGCUAUCGAACAUUCUUACGGUCCGUGGCUGUGUUCGGGGGAGAGCGUCCUGGACGGCAAGCACACGAAUUAUCCUUGGGUUGUCAUAUAGUUGUGGCUACUCCUGGUAGGCUGUUGGAUUUCUUGCGUCAAGAUUUGUUAGCUUUGAACCACUGCAGGUCAUUGGUUGUAGAUGAAGCAGAUCGUUUGCUCGAUAUGGGAUUCGAGGAGCAACUCAGGGAGAUUUUGCAGUCACCGAAAUUUGGAAUGCCUCCACCGCGCGGUGCAGAACGACAGACUUGCUUCUAUAGUGCUACAUUUCCUCGAGAUGUCACCUUGUUGGCUCGCAAUCUGUUGCGUGGAUCUCGUUGCAUUUCACUGACAUUGUCUGAUGAAAACUCCGGCAUCGUGGUCCCCGAAUGGGGCAAAACUGUUAGCCAAGCAGCAGAUGGGAAACAGCAACUCGAUCGUCUCAUCCAGAUCGUUCCGAAGGAGAUUAAACAACGCUUUGAACUGGUCGAAGAAGACACGGUCGAAGCGUUACAUCAGCACCUGACGACUCUCAUAUCUGAACUUACUGGAAGCACUGUGCAGUCUGACACCUCCUCCAAUGUUGCCGGAUCCGGCAACGUGUCCCGCGUUCUGGUGUUUUGCAACACGAAGCGUGAAGUUGACACCAUCGACGCAGCUCUGUACCGCGGUGGCCUCAAGUCUGCCGCUCUUCACGGGGACAAGCCGCAAACGCAUCGAACACAAGCGUUGCAUCUGUUCCGUAAAGGCAUCGUCCGAAUUCUAGUUGCAUCCUCGGUCGCUUCUCGAGGGCUGGACAUUCCGAACGUGACUGCUGUAGUGAAUGUCGGACCACCUCCUGAUGCAGACGAUUACGUCCAUCGCAUAGGACGCACAGGUCGAAUGGGACAGCCGGGUGAAGCCAUCACCGUCGUGAACGAAACUCUACUAAACAGAUGUUCACCUUCUAUCCUUCGCAAUAUCCUCCGGAUUGUGCAGUCCUCCGAAGGUGGUUUGGACUCAGUGCCAAAACCAAUCGUUCAAUUUGUCAAGCGGAACUCCAGUAACCUGGACUCAUUCGAGUCGCACUCUGAUUAUUCACCGUAUCAGAAGAGGCGUUCAUCGUCAUUCGGACGUCAGCGCUUCGAUCGUUCAUCUAACGAGUUGAAUCGGCGAUACAGCUAACAUUUUGACAUGGAGUUGUAGCUGAAUUUUAUCCAUUGCGUUACGUUCACCAACACAGCUGACUUCAUCAA